AUGUCUGUCUACUGCCGAGUGGCCCACCCUCACCUUCUUCUUAAGGCCGUGGCCGUUCUCAACGUUGCGAAGGACUCGUGGGCAACUGUGGCCUUCACGGACACCGCCGUCGUACUACACGUGGAGGGGGUGGACCGGAGCAUCACCGCCACCGCGACGCUUCCAAAGGCGUUGUUCACAGAGUACUCUGCAUCGAAUGCGCGUUUCAUGGUGCACCUCACUUCCCUUCGCGACGCGCUGCUUCUCGGCGGACCUGCCCCCUUGGCGGCCGUCCGUCUCGCGCGCAUCGUCUUGGCCUACCCGAUGGGCGAUGCGAAACUCCUCGUUGAGCUGACGGACGGCGACUGCGUGCUGCAGUCUACCCUCGUCACACGGCCAGUGCUGGGCCGUCUGCUGGACCUCCGCUUCGGCGAUGCACGCGUGGUGAGCCAGGUGACGCUUCUAGGCAGUGCCGCGCGGGACGCGAUUGAAGAUUUGGUGGUGGCACAGUGCCCCCACGCGGCCGUUGUACUGGACCCCGAGGAAGGAGUGACGUUCCACGGCGACGGCGGACCGUACGGCACGGUUACAGUGCAGAUGCGGCGGGACACGGAUGUGAUUCUCUCGGCGCGCGGCGGGGGCAAGCACGCACAGACGCGAGUGCUGCGGUCACACCUUGCGUUAGCGUGUGGAGUGCGUUGCGGAGGCAAGACGUGGCGCGCAGCCGGCGCGGUUUAUGACGCCACGUUGGGACUGGCCGGACCCUGCAGCGGCGGCAGCGGCGUCCAGGCAGCAUCUGGUGGGUUUGAGCGCCUGUUACUCCAGAUCAACGAAGAGCGGCAGCUCGGUGUAGUGCACAUGCCACGGGACCACGACGUCGCGGUGGCCGUGACUGUCGUAAUUUCCCCCCAAAGUGGCCCGUACGAGGAAUGA